CAAUGCUUAUAUUGGACUCGUCACCCAAGUAUUUUGAAAAAGCUCUUCGUGUGCUACCGGCUGCGUAUAUAGAGGCACCCCAGAUCGAAUAUAGAGUAUAUUCCUGUUCCUCUCAGCGAAACCGAUCACAAGACGUCGCUGAUCUUCCAGAUGUUGCUACUAACGAUGACUAUGUGCGUGUGCCAAUUACUGCGUUUGUGGCAGCCGCUACGCUCCGCGGCAUGGGUUGGGUGGACGGUGGGCUGUUACAAGCUCGAAAAAGAAUGCGUUGGUCUACCGAAAUCACACCCACCUCCUUCACGUCUUCAGCGAGGAUUCUCAACACUUGAUUCCGAAUGGAGCGUGAAUCGUUUUGGCACCACCACAACCCGGCUAAUCGCCAAUUAUCCGAUUUUUGUCGUGGUCAGUGGACGCCCGCAAUGCCCCGUCAAAUACCAGUUGGCAAUAUUUCUGUGUCGUGCAGGUUCUGAAGGCAUCCUGAACAACUGCUGCUGUUAUGGCAGUGGCGGAGGGAACUGUUUUUUGUAUACCGAACGUUUCGCUACUGCGUUCUGUAACUUGCGGGGUCGCUACCUCAUGUGGCCCAACAAGACUCGUCGUGAGUUUCUGUCGCUUGAGAUGAAUAGGGUACGAAGCACAGAAAUUGUUGCUUGAGAUGGUCAGCACCAGCGGAUUUAACAAAGAAAUACAGAAGUUAGUCGGUUUUUCCUGCCUCACUUUUUCUGACCGGCCAUACU